CGCCGCGAGAUUCAGGACAGCCUUUUCUUUGAAAUCAUCUCUUCCAAAACUGGGUUAAAAUGGUUACGCUCGGCAUCAACGCGUACACGCCGCAAGAAACCAUUGAACUAGUAUCUCGUGCAGGUGUCAAGAAGGGCAAGAUGCGGCUCGAUAAAGUAUUCCUCAGCUCAGUUUCUGCUGGAGCUCUUCUAUCCUGCGUGGCUGCCAGUUGCCUCAGUGUGAAUACUGCUCCUUGGUAUCAAGAAAAUGCUCCAGGGUUAAUUCGCACGAUGGGGGCCUUCGUAUUUCCCUAUGGUUUAGUCCUGAUCGUCCUCACUGGGGCGGACCUUUGCACUGGCACAUUCAUGUAUACCACAGUUUCUGUACUUCAUCGCCGUCUCUCGGUAUAUAAUAUGCUUCUCCAUUGGUUCAUCACUUUCUGGGGGAAUCUUGCGGGUUCAUUAUUCAUCGUUGCUAUAAUUUUUGGAUAUGGCGAGGUCUUCUCAGCCGAGCCUUACAGAACUGAGGUUCACAAUUUUGUCACCAAAAAGCAAGUUACACCCACCUUUCAUGAAAUUUUCCUUCGUGGCAUUGGCUGCAACUGGCUCGUCUGUCUAGCCUGCUUUCUCGGCAUGCAAGGUCGCGACCUGGCCUCCAAAGUCCUUGGUAUCUGGUGGCCCAUCUACGCAUUCGUUAGUUUGGGCUUUGACCAUGUUGUCGCGAACAUGUUCUUCAUUCCUAUGGGCAUCUGGCUAGAGACGCCGAAGUUGAGUGUUGGGUUGUAUGUCUGGAAGGGGAUUAUUCCUGCGGGAUUGGGGAAUAUUGUUGGAGGCGCCCUUUUCUGCGGAGCGUACUACUGGUACAUGUACAUUCUCAUGCAACCAGACAUCCCUGUCGAUGGCAUGUACUACGACCGAGUCGAAGGCAUUGAGGUCAAAGGACCGCGCAAGAAUUCCGACGAUGAGGAGAGGAAUGAGUAUUCGUACAAGAACCAUGACCGCCGCAGGGACGUUGCUGAUGUACCAACCAUUGGAGUUUCAACGAGAGCCUAG